UAUCCUUGAGCUUCGAUAGCAUCUGUAAUCGGUAUAAUUCAAUAUACUCGCUCAUCCAAUUAUGCGGCUGUGAGCUCUCGCGGCUUUCGCAAAGACACGCGCCCCGCGCGGCGCUUCUUCUCUUCUCGCGUUACUUCGGACUAUUAUAAAAAUCAUGGAGUACGGGUAUCUCAGCGGUGCCGGUGGAGGCUUCGAUGGUGCGUGUUUGGGCUCGAGUGGCACGGAACUGUCUUGGGGCGACCUGGCCUCCUGCGGCCAGAUGUCGCAGGCAGCCUACCGCUACCAGGGCAUGCGGUACCAGCCACCUCCUCCUCAAUGCGCGAGGCCGCAGGACGCCACAAUGAGAAACCACCACAUAUUCCCGCCAGCUAUGAAUCUUCAACCGGGACUGCCAUACAAAGUAUACGGAGGUCAUGAGGGCUCAUUAACAGAAAAAAGAAAACAGAGACGCAUCAGGACGACGUUCACGUCAGCACAGCUGAAAGAAUUAGAGAGAGCCUUCCAGGAGACGCACUACCCUGAUAUAUACACGAGAGAAGAAAUAGCGAUGAAGAUUGACUUGACGGAAGCAAGAGUACAGGUGUGGUUUCAAAACCGGCGCGCUAAGUUCCGCAAGCAGGAACGCUUAGCGCAGCAGAAAGCUGGAGAAACUCCGGUCAAAGCGGAGGGCAAGAGAGACAAGCCUGGCUCUCCUGCGUCACCUCACAACCCUCCGUCACAAAGCACGCACCACUCACUGCCACAUCUCUCUCCGCCUGACCUGAAGCCGAUUACAUCUGCGGCUAAUAAGCUAUGUGAGGAGCUGAACGGCGUGUCUGGUGGCCUACCGGAGCCUCCUGUGAGCGGCGUGGGAGCCAGCAAGUGGGCGGGAGGCUGCGGCCUGCUGCGUCAGCCCUCAGGGUUCCCGCUGCUCGGAGUAGCACCACCCAACUACCUGCUCUCCGAUCAUCUCGGGACGCUGGCCAAAUCAAACAACCACCUUUUCUAAUGUGCAAUUCCCUUCUUUUAAAGAAGAACUUUAACCAGACUUACUGAUUGCAUUGAGACUUAAAAUUGAGUGAAUAACAAUAAAGAGUGAACUAAUAAAUAU